UGGCAGAUAAACGAAUUAUACAUUACGUUUUAAAAGCAUUAGUUUAAUCUUUUGGUGUUUAAUGUAUUUUGAUGUAACAUAAAAGUAAAAAGUUUUUAAGCCGUUGACUGCUGGCAGUCACAGCAUAAAACUUCUUCAUCUGAGAUCCUAGUAAACUGUUUUUGCUUACACGUCGGUUGCUCGAAUCCGUUGGAUAAACUGGGAACUAUGGAUUUUUCGAAGGUUACAUUUAAGGAGGAAUACCUGGAGGACGACACGGCAGCUCCGUCUCAGGUCAAAAACCAAUUUAUCAUUAAAAAGGAAUCCGAGGGCUGUCAGAAAUACGAUGAGGAAGAUUCAAUUACAAACCAUUUCUCAGAACAAAUAAAGACAGAAGUCAUGGAAAGGCAUGAGGAAUCACUGGAAAGCGAUAGGAUGCACACUUACCAAUUGGUUGAUCCUGUCAAAAACGAAGUCAUCGAAGAGGAUAUACAAGGAUCGGGGGAUAUUUAUACUUACCAGUACAUCGAUAAUGGAGAGAGUGCAGUAACAGAAGAGGAUGCACCAGAGGAGGAGGUGGAUCCAUUUGGUGAUCCGUGCCAAGUAAAAAAUGAGCCAAUCAAUGAAGAGUUGGAGUCAGACGAAGAAAUCGAUCAGUUUGAUUGUCAGGUGAAAAGCGAGGAGAUGGACGAUGACUUAAUGGAAGAUGAGGAAGGCUAUAAUGAUGACGAUAACGCACAGGAAAUCGAAAAAGCUGAAGAUGAGGAUAAGUAUGCCAAUCUCCCGCACAGGUGUCCAAAUUGUCCGAAGGGAUUUCGACUUUUGGCUCAGCUCAAAAUCCACAUCCGAGGACACACCGGCGACCGUCCACACAAGUGUAAAAACUGCUCAAAGACCUUCGGCACGGCUGCACACCUUAACCGGCACUACCGAUCCCAUACCGGAGAACGACCCUUUGAGUGCACGCACUGUCAGAAGGCCUUCACAGCUCUGUAUCAUCUCAAGGUGCAUCUGCGAACCCACACGGGCGAACGGCCGUACCAGUGCCCGCACUGCCCAAAGACAUGUAUUGUGAAGGAUAACCUCCGAAAUCAUAUCCGCACCCAUUUCGAGGAGAGGCCGUUCAAGUGUCCGCAAUGCCCGAAAGCCUUCAAGGUGAAGCACAACCUCAAAAUGCAUAUCCGAACCCACUCGGGCGAGAAGCCGUUCAGCUGUCCCCACUGUUCCAAGGCCUUUACGGGUGAACCGUAUCUCAAAGUUCACAUUCGGACACACACGGGCGAAAAACCGUACAGUUGUUCCCUCUGUACCAAGUCGUUCAUCAAUAGACAGUGCCUGAAGGUCCACUUUCGCACCCACUCGGGUGAACGACCGUACAAGUGCAACUACUGUCCAAAAGCUUUUGCAAAACACUCUGGGCUUACCGAGCAUGUCCGGAUCCACACGGGCGAACGACCGUACGACUGUUCCGUCUGCCCCAAGGCAUUCAUAACGAACCAGGAUCUGAAGCGCCACAUGAGAAUGCACACGGGAGAGCGCCCUUUCAAGUGUUCCCUCUGCCCCAGUUCUUAUACCCAGAACUAUUCCCUUCAGGCGCACUUGCGGACACACUCAGGGGAAAGGCCGUACAAGUGCACAGAAUGCCCCAAGGAUUUCCAGUACCAAACGAGCCUAGAGUCCCACAUGCAAACCCAUUUUGGGGUAAGACCCUACCAUUGCACCGAGUGUCCAAAGACCUUCGUAACGAGCUCGAACCUGGCAAGGCACGUCAAAAAUGCACACUGGACUUGAAUGGUUUGAGGUUU